UUUUAAGUAUCGACUAAAGAAUCAGGCCACAUCGUGUUGGCAAUAACUUAACGUGGUUUCACUGUACUGUAUCAAACAUGCUUCGCCUUCGGCUUAGUUUCAUGCAUGAUAUUUGUUUUUCUCGAGAAAGUUAUUUGUGAACGCGUGUCGAAGAAAUUUCCGAUGAGAAACUCGUUGACUGGCCUUUCCUACACCAGUGAACCACUACUUUGAGAAGUAAAUCAUAAAAGACAAGCGUUUAAGGAAGGUUCCUAGUCGCAACAACAAAUUGGCAUAAUCGAGAUCCCCCCUCCCUAAAAAAUGAAUGGCUGGCCAUUUGGCCAGCCUCUGUCCAUCGUUGGACGUACUGGCCAACUUUACCGCAAACCGCUUCCCUUACGGAAUCGUCUUCUGUAGUAUGAAGGACAUCUGCUGUAGUCUCCACCGUCGAUGCGUUAACAAUGGCUAACUUUUCCUUGUUAUUAUGUGUUGUAAACACAUCCCACUUGCUCCAACAUUCUGGGCAAUUGCUACCACAGACACAAUAAGGAUGGAUUUUUACCUGAAAUUGCAGUCGCUCCAAGAUUUCCUCGUGUUGUCACUAUAAAAAGCCAACCGACGUGAUACCUUCAUACAGCAGUUGAAGACACGGAGUCGUUGACGAUAUCACAUCAGCUUGUUCCAUAGUGAAACAAAAAGAAAAUGGGUUUAUCUACCCGCAGUGUAGAAUUGAUGCUUGUCAUUGCAUUAUUGAUACAAUUUUCAGCUUGUGCAGAUGUGAGCUCGUCAGAGACCCAGAUAAGCAACAGCACGGGGUCAGAAGGCCAAAGAAGAGAAAAAUUUCUUUCUUUGUUUUCCAUCGUUCGUUUCCCGAAUUCACUGUGUUUGGCAUCCAAUUCUUACAAUGGGACUUGUUUGACCACUGCCGAGUGCUCCGCCAAAGGAGGAACAGCAUCCGGAACCUGCGCUUCGGGAUUCGGCGUCUGUUGCGUUUUGACUAUCCAAACGUGUGGUGCAACAACAAGUUUGAACAACACAUAUUGGCAAAACAAUGGAUUCAGUUCGGCGUACACCACAGCUGGCCAAUGCUCCCUGUUUGUUAGCAGAGCUUCUUCUGAUGUCGAUCAACUUCGAUUAGAAUUUAUAACCUUCAUUUUGGCUCAGCCGGAUUCGGCUACUCUUAGUACCACUGGUCAGUGUAUAACUGAUUCUUUUACUGUUUCCGGUUCGGCUAACAUCGUUCCAGCUAUAUGCGGAAGCAACACCAACCAGCACAUGUACAUCAACAUCGGACCUGGGACGAGUACAGUUACCCUUAGUAUAAUCACGUCGGGCACCGCUAUGUCUCGUUACUGGAACAUCAGGGUCAUUCAGAUUCCAGAAAACACUGAUUACACGGCUCCAGACAACUGCCUGCAGUGGUUCACCGAGGCUUCUGGACGAUUGGUCUCUUUCAACUACCAAUACGCUACGACUCCGAUAGUUCAACACUUGGCAUAUCAAGAUUACACUAUGUGUAUCCGAACCAAUCAGGGUUUUUGUGGAGUUAAAUAUGACUUGUGUACGCCAACGGCUAGUAAUCCUUAUGGGCUUUCGACUGUCGCUGCUGGCACUGUCGCCACUGGUACGCUUAUGGAUUCGUCUUGUGUUUACGAUUGGCUUCAGAUUCCAUGCGUUUCCGAUCAAGCCAAUUCAGUCGUUACUUCGGUAGGAGCGACAGUCGGUUGCGCAAGUAAACUGUGCGGAAUUACUGGCUUUACGGUAACAGCUGAUUCAACAACCGCAACAACUUCUCUGUACAGCUAUAGGCGACCUUUCGAAGUUCGUUUCUACACCGAUUCAAAAGAAUUUCUCGUGACUGCGGCCGAUGCAGAAAACUGGGGAUUCUGCCUAACUUACACUCAACAGCCAUGCCUUUCAUCAGCCACUAACGGCUAAUAAUCGUCAUCAGUGUAUUUAAUUAAUUGACUUUAUAUACGUAUUUUAAACCUUUGCAGCCUAUAGCUGGGCAUAUAAUGAAUAAAAAUGGCGGUGGAUUAAAUCAA